AUGAAAUGAAUUUAUGAAAGGAAAUAGGGUUUAACAUCCUACUGUUUUGCGCCGACUGGGCUAAUGAAGACAGAUGAAAAUCUUCAUAAUUGUCAAGCAAAUGCUAUAUUUAUAGGCCCUACUACCGGCAACAAUUGUGAAUUAAAUAUUGGCGAAAACACCCGAUGCUUUCCUUCAUCCUCGACAAGGAAUAGGGUAUUGGUUAAAUUUUGCUUUCAAUCAUCAAGGGAGACAAAUCCAUUUAUUCGGAUUUCUUGGCAAAAUGUGGCAACAACUAUAAUCAAAGGUAGUUUUAUACAUAGGCCCUAUCUUCUUUUUAGGAUUUAUCUUUACGCUAAAGUAGAAGAGGCGACACGCAUUUACAAGUUUUAAUUUGGUUAUUAAAAGUUAAUUAAGGACUUUAUUUUACUGGGCAAUAACUCUACUUCUAUAUUAUACUAGAUAUUCAUUGGCUAAUAAAAUUAUGACGUAUUGUCAUGGCCGACAAGUCUGAAAAUGUUAAUCUUUGACAGACAUAAAUAGUAGAACUUUACCUUAAAAUGGGUUCGGAAUUUACUCCGGACAUGGUAAAAGCCUUGAAACAGAAGGUUUUUGCUGCAGCGAGAGAUGGAAUGGCCAUAAGUAUAUUUGCUAUGUUGUGGAAUCUAGACCGAGAGAUCGUAAAUGAUGUACUUAAUUUUCACACGGAAGAGGAAGGGCAAAAAACGACACCAUUAAUAAUCGCAGCCAGAAACGGGGAAGAAAAAGUGGUUCAAGUAUUGCUCACCAAUUUUAGUGUAAAUAUUGAACAAACUGGUACUGUUAAAUUUGAUGGAUACAUUAUCGAAGGGGCUACGUCGUUGUGGUGUGCUGCAGGGGCGGGUCACUUUGGAGUGGUGAAAUGUCUGAUAGAGCACGGUGCCAAUGUCAAUCAUCCAACUCUUACUAAUUCCACACCGCUUAGGGCUGCAUGCUUUGAUGGCAGACUGGAUAUUGUCAAAUAUUUGAUAGAACAUGGGGCAGAUUUAACCAUAGCCAAUAAAUACAACAAUACGUGUUUAAUGAUUUCCUGUUAUAAGGGACACAAGGAUGUAGUUAGGUAUUUAUUACAGAAGGGUGCUGACCCCGAUUGUAAAGCUCACUGUGGUGCUACUGCAUUACACUUUUCAGCAGAAUGUGGACAUUUGGAUAUAGUCAAAGAACUUAUCAAAUUUGGAGCUUCAAUGCCAAAGAAUGAUCAUGAUAUGACACCACUAAUUGUAGCAGCUGAAUGUGGUAAAUUUGAAGUUGUGGAGUAUCUGGUAUCUCUCCCUGAAUGCUCAAGGGAAGAAAAAAUAGAUGCAUUGGAAUUAUUAGGAGCUUCUUUUGCCAACGACAAAGAAAAUUAUGACAUCAGUAAAGCUUUUCAUUAUCUCACUUUAGCAAUGUCAGAGCGAUUCAGGGAUAAGAACAACCCGAUACCAAAGCCAAAAUACCCCCCAGUCCCAGCAUACAACAACAGGUUUGAAUGUCAAACACCUGCUGAGCUCCAAAAAAUAGAAAAAGAUUUUGGUGCUUUACAUAUGGAAUCGCUUGCUAUUAGGGAACGUGUAUUAGGUGCAGAUAACCCAGAAGUACCACAUCCAGUAAUAUUCAGAGGGGCUGUUUUUGCUGAUAGUGCUAGAUUUGACAGAUGUAUUGCUUUAUGGAUGCAUGCAAUGAAACUCCGCCAAAAAAACAACAGAACCAUAUCCAAAGAUCUACUCCGUUUUUCACAAGUAUUUUCACAAAUUGUCCAUAUUGAUGUUAAACUACAAUUUUGUCAUAUGGAGGAAGUUUUUGAGCAUGCUGUUACUGAAAUUAUCCAGGACAUAGAGAGAGUUAAAUCAGAAGAUGAAGAUAAGGAUGCCCUACAAGAAAUUUAUCAAUCAAACAUACAUACUUGUUUAUACCUGUUAGUCAUUGCUCUUAAGAUAUGCAAGACACCUGAGGAAGAAGAGUCCUUAUAUAGAUUAGUCUACAAAUUCUUGAAACAUAAACCAUCUUUGCGUAAUGGAUAUACACCAUUACAUAUGGCUGUUGAUAGUGCUACUUUGGUAGAUGACUUUCAUGUUAAUGAUGUAGUAACUUUUCCUAAUGCUGGCCUUGCUUUAAUGUUAAUCAAAUGUGGAUCUGAUGUGAAUAGUUUAGAUUUCCGUGGAAAUGCACCUUUACAUGUGAUUGUUCGAUACACAAAUCCUAUUAGUGACUUUGACACUCUCCAUCAAAUUAUGCUUUCUUUAAUUCAUGGUGGAGCACAUAUCGAUAUACGUAAUUAUGAUCGUAAAACUCCAAUUGAAUGUACAACUACUGGAGUAGCCGAAGUUAUCAUUAGACAGCACUGGAAAAUUUCCUUAAAAUGUCUUGCUGCACGAGCUAUCAAGGAUCAUAAUGUCAGUUUUCAAAAUAUGAUACCAUCAAUACUAGAAGAAUUUAUACAUUUGCAUUAAUAUAUAUAUUAGUUUUUAGGAUUAAUUAUUAUUCGUACCAGGUGUAUAUUUUAUGUCAUUAAAGAUUUCAUUUUAAUCAAAUUUGUUUCUUUAUGAUACAUGUACUGUACCUCAGAUUUAGCUCAAGGCAAUUUAUUCUGAUGUCAAUGUUUUUGUGUGUUCUUAACCCAUUCCUUUUAUAUUUUGUUUCAUUCAUUAAAGAUAAAAAAAUCAAACAUAGAUAGAUUACAAUUAUUUUAUUAUAAUAUAAAUCUAAAUUUAUCAUUGAAUGGUGAACAUUUUGUAAAGAUACACAUCAUCAUUUCAAGAACAUAUAUAAGAUUUUUAAAAAUUUACAUUAAAUAUUUAUCAUUAUGAUUGUUUCUAAGUAAAAUGCUAGCCUCACAUGAAAUAUUUCUUACUGUACAUGUGACUGUGAGGCAUAAAAGAAAAGCUAUGUAGAUUUCACGAGGACCAUGAAAUGUAUGUUGCAUUUCUACUGAUCAAACAUGGUUAUCAGUUUACUUGAAAUUAACUAAUUUAUGUAUUACAACAAUAUUACCACAUAUUUAAAUUUGAAUGAUUGUUUACCAUAUUACUGAUUUUUGGUAAACAGCUUAUCUGUGGAGGUCUAAAGAAAAACUGUACAUGUACCUUAUUUUAUUUGAACCUUUUCUAUGUGAGGGUAACUCAGCAUUCAUGGUGAUAAUAUCUUGACUCAAAGUUGAGAAUACAACACAUAAUAUUUAUAUGUACAUACAUUUACCUGACUCAUGAUUCACUAAAAUUAAAGAAGGAAGAUUUUAUAUGUUUUAAUCAAUUGCAUUCAUGUGGAUUCUAGAUCAAAGACAAAGUUUUCCUGAUUCUGGCAUUGCACUUAUAUUAUUUGUUGAAAUUAUAGUUUUAAGAAAAAUAUGAAGUUGAGAUAAAAUAAUGUUAUGUGCUAUUUCUAUUGUUAUUGUUACUUGAAAUUAAAAUCAGUAUUUUAAAAAUUGCCCAUUUGUCAAAUUAUUGAACAAUACAAGUUGGGGGUAAAUUUACUUUAAAAAGGUGCCAGACGUAACCUGGAAGAAAAAGGUUGAGAACCCCUUGUUCUCGAUUAUAUGCCAGUUUGAGAACCCCUUGUUCUCGAUUAUAUGCCAGUUUCUAAGUUGCCAAAUGUGUAUGGAAGGUGUAUGAGUUCAUGAUUAUGUGAACAUCACAUUAUAUAUACCUUUAACAUUAUCUAAAUUGGAUUUAAAAUUGGAUGUUGUCAAUUUAGUAUGGACUACCAGUUCUAAACUAAAUGAUACACUUGUUUAAUAUACAGUAAAAUGCUGUGAAAGAUUUAUGCAGAAUAUGGUUUAGCUGUGAGUAUUUUGUACCAUACACAUGGUAUCGCCAGUAGUAAUGUUCCAUUCUACUCAACUGGGGAUACCGAGGAUGAUUUUGCACUAGAUCUAUCUUUUAUUUUCUAUUUGCACUAAAAGUUAUAAAUAAUCAAAUAGUUCUGUGGGGUUUUUUUUCCAAAAUAUUUAAAUAUAAUUUAGUGUCAUAUUUGUUAUAAUUAUUUGUAAAUUGUUAGUGGAUAUUUUAGUUAUUUAUGAAGCCAGUUACUUUUAAUUUAUUUGCUGCUAAUAUAUAGAAAUGAGCAUAUAUAUAUAUAUAUAUAUAUACUAUCACAAUGUAUGUUGUAUUUUUUUAUAAUUUCCAAAUCUUGAUAGGGCAUGCAUACCUGAUUAUGCCCACCAGUAAAUUAAAUAAGCUCUAAGUCUAAUAAUUACUAAAUGUCUGUAAAUCUUUCAUACUAUUCCAAAGCUCAUGAAUUGAUAAAGUGUUGAUAUAAUGAAUAAAUGAUUACUUGAUAUAAUAAGUAAUAUUCCUGAAUGAUCUGAUAGAAAAUGUAAUUUAUAUCUACACAUGGAAAAUAAAGGCAUGAUUAAACAUGUA